UGUUUGUGCUUCACUGACACACUGCUCUGGAUGGCUGUGCACAGCCAUCCAAAGCAGUGUGGUUACAGUGAAGCACACACCUCCGCCCCCUAGUAAAACACUCCCAGCGCACAGUUAACCCCUCAUGUUAACCCCUUCCUGCCCAGUGCCAUUAGUACAGUGUCAGUGCUUUAUUUAUAGCACUGAUCACUGUAUUGGUGUGACUGGGGAUGUCAGUGACACCAAGGCAGGUACCCCCAGUGUCAGAAUGCCUGCUAUAAGUCGCUGAUCGCCACCAUUACUAGUAAAAAAAAAAAUUCAGUUUAUAUCCCGCCAUUUGUAAAUGCUAUAACUUUCACGUAAACCAAUUCAUUUA